CUCUGAUUACCACCACACCAAAAGACCAAUGUGACAGCUAUGCACAAUGUGGUCCUAAUAGUAUUUGCAGGAUUGAAUAGUCUCCGAUUUGUGAGUGUUUGGUUGGAUUCACUCCCAAAUCGCCACAAGAAUGGGAAAUGCUUCAGUGGUCCAAGGGACGUGUGAGAAAAGUACCAUUAGGCUGCCAGAUUGGAGAAGGUUUUGCGAAGGUAGCAGGGGUCAAAUUGCCCGACCUGUUGGAGUUCCAGCUAAACACUAGUAUGAACGUCGAUGAGUGCAAGGCACAGUGCUUAAAAAACUGUUCUUGUAUGGCUUAUGCUAAUUCCUAUAUCAGUGCAGGAGGUAGUGGCUGUUUGAUGUGGUUCGGGGAUUUGGUGGACAUCCGGGCGUUCACCUCAGAAGCAAGUGAACAAGAUAUCCAUCUACGCUUGCCCUCUUCAGAAUUAGAAUACCUCAAUCAUUCAAAGAAGAAGAAAAGGCUUGUGAAGAUCCUAGUGGCACUGUGCAUUUCAGGACUGCUUGUUUUGAUAUUUGUAUGUGGGUGCAUAUUUAUGAAAAUAACAACAAAGAGAAGAGCCUUCAAACAGAAGAACGACUACUUGGAAUUACCUUCUUUUGGUUUGGCAACUAUUGCUGCUGCAACAAAUAACUUCUCUCAGGCAAAUAUGAUCGGAGAAGGUGGUUUCGGUCCAGUUUACAAGGGAAAAUUAUCAAACCAACAAGAAAUAGCAGUGAAAAGGCUGUCAAAGAAUUCAGGACAAGGUCUCGAAGAGUUUAAAAAUGAAGUUGUUUCGAUUGCCAAACUCCAACAUAGAAAUCUUAUCAGGCUUUUGGGAUGCUGCAUUCAAGGAGAAGAAAGGAUGCUGAUCUAUGAGUACAUGCACAACAAAAGCUUGGAUUUUUUUAUUUUUGAUCAGAGUAGAAGUGCAUCUUUGGCUUGGCCAAAGCGUUUUGACAUAGUUAUGGGGAUCGCACGAGGACUUCUCUAUCCCCACCAAGAUUCUAGAUUGAAAAUUAUUCACAGAGAUCUCAAAGCUAGCAAUAUUCUACUGGAUACUGAUCUCAUCCCCAAAAUCUCAGAUUUUGGCUUAGCAAGGAUUUUCUGUGGAGACAAAAGUUUCACAAAAACAAAAAGAGUUAUUGGAACAUAUGGCUAUAUGUCUCCAGAGUAUGCAAUAGAUGGAAAAUUCUCUAUGAAGUCCGAUAUCUUCAGUCUCGGUGUGCUUUUAUUAGAGAUAGUAAGUGGUAAAAGGAACAGAGGUUUUCAUCAUCUAGUUCAUCACCACAACCUUCUAGGGCAUGCAUGGUUGCUUUGGAAUCAAGAUAGGGCCUUGGAACUAAUCGAUGAAUGCUUGAGGAACUCAUUUGUCGAGUUUCAAAUGCAGAGGUGUAUCCAUGUUGGCCUACUAUGCGUUCAACAACUUCCUCAAGACAGGCCAGAAAUGUCUUCUGUAGUUUUCAUGUUGGGCAAUGAGGGACUGGUGUUGCCUCAACCCAAACAGCCUGGUUUUUUUUCCGGAAGGAGUUCCAAUGACCAGGAUGUAGUAUCAAGAAGUGAAGAGUUCUUCUCCAGAGGUGAUACUGAAACCAUAACAAUACUACAACCUCGAUAGGGGAUUCAAGUCUGUUACUUAUUCACACACACUUGAUAUGUAUAUAGAACUAAAUGAAAGUGCAACUUGGUUCAUGGUCGAGGAAAAAGAGGUCUUCAAUUUUACUUGGGGGAUGGUAGUUUUACUUAUUUACUCUCUAUUCUAGUUGUGUAAGGAAGUCCUCAUUGCUUAUAGUUUGUGAAUGCUUAAAUUGCUCUCUUUUAAUUCAUUAAAAAGUUGGGGUAUGGAUCAAAUGAUUAAUCUAUUAAAAUGGGAUAAAAGAAACCAG